GGUUUCUCUUCAACCUCUCCCUUUCUCUCCCUCCUUCACAUGUGCUCAUUCUAUUGAUGCAUUGAAAACAAAGAAAAAAACUCAUUGAAUUUGAAAUUCCUCAAAUCUCUCUCUCUCUCUCUCUCUCUCCAUUUUUUCUGGUUCUCCAGAAUCCUUCAAUAGAUAAAAUGUAAUCUACUUCUGUGAAAAUUAAAUCCAACCGUUGGGUAUCCACUUUUUCAACCUCUGAUACUGAUUUUCUCUCUUUGAACACUUUCUCAGCUACUAAAUGAUAUUUUUUUCUUGAUGUUCUUUAUCUGAGUGUUUAUAUGUUACACAUAUUCUCUGUUCCUUCCUCUGUUCAUGGCUGCCACCAUAGCUCAAAACAUCGAAAACUGUAACAGCAAUCACUCUGGGAAUAACAAUGAAUUUGGAAGGCAAGAAAUUCAAGAAGCCAUUGCCAAAGCAGUGGAGCUCAGAGCUCUGCAUGCUGUUCUGAUGCAGGGAAAGAGCCCGGUCAAUCUCGGCUUCCCCGGUUUUUCCCCUGUUUCACACUCUGCUCCUCAGUUCUCAGCCCAAGAUUACCCUGUUUUUACACCAAGUUAUGAAGAUGAACCAUUGCCGGGGUAUCAACAAAUUCAAUUAGAGAGUUUAACAGAUUGUUGGGAUGAGUAUGACCUAGGAGGAGGAAAUGGUGACGAAAACAUCCAAACGGAUUAUAUAAAGCCGAAUGCAUCUUCAAUGAAGGGGUUUCCCUCUCCUUCUGUCAAUUCAGAGCCCCAUAUAUGUCCUGCUGAAGAUCAGAAAUCUGUCAAUGGUUCAAAUCACAUUACUGUGCUUAAAACAUCUCCCAGAACAAAUUUAUACAAGUCAAGCAGAAGAAACAGUUUGGGUGACUUCAGAUCAGUCUCUUCUUGCAACAAAUGCAAGCCAGCAAUUAUAACUAGUGAAACCAAUACUGCAGCCAAGAACAGCAAGAACUCUAAUAUUGUGGUGCCAUUAACAGAUUCACACUCUUCUGUUCAGCUGCAACAGAAGAACCGCGGUUUGAAUCUUUCAUGGUUGUUUCCUCGGCUAAAGAAGAAGAACAAGAAUGAGAACUCGCCAAACCGAACAGAAUGGGAGGAAGUUUCCCAAAAUUUAAAGCAGUUCGGGAUCAUGUCUGUUGAAACAUUGAAGAGAGAGCUUAUGGAAGCAAAUGAGAGUAGGGAUGCAGCCUUAAUGGAGGUCGCGGAGAUGAAAUCUUCGUUGGAGGAGCUAAAAGAGAAGUUGGAGUACUUAGAGACUCACUGUGAAGAGCUGAAAAUGGCCUCAAGACAAGUAGCACAAUCAAACGAUUUCAAAGUUUCCGAAAAGCUUGGAAAUCUUCAUAAGAGAGGGAAGUCCAUUGGUGGGAAUGGAGAAAACUUGGAACCGGUUAGCGAGGAAGGAAUGGUGGAGGGUUUCUUGCAGGUAGUAUCAGAAGCAAGGUUAUCAGUGAAGCAAUUUUGCAAGACACUUGUAGCCCAGAUUGAAGAAACUGAUAUCACUCUAGUGGAGAACUUGAAUUUACUCCUUGAACCUUACAAGUUGUCUCUAAAUUCAAAGUACUCCAAGGCAGUUUUAUACCAUGUGGAGGCUAUCAUAAACCAAUCACUCUACCAAGACUUUGAGAACUGUGUGUUCCUGAAGAAUGGCUCACCAAAGCUUUUAGACCCUGAGCAAGAUCGCCAUGCUCAGUUUUCAUCAUUUGUCGGGCUGAGAAAUCUAAGCUGGAACGAAGUGGUAAGGAAAGGAACCAAGUAUUACAGUGAAGAGUUCAGUAAGUUUUGUGAUCAGAAGAUGAGUUGCAUCAUUACAACACUGAAGUGGACAAGACCAUGGCCUGAACAGCUCCUUCAAUCGUUUUUCGUUGCUGCCAAAUGCAUAUGGUUGCUCCAUUUGCUUGCAUUUUCAUUCAAUCCACAGCUGGGAAUUCUAAGGGUUGAAGAGAAUAGAAGCUUUGAUCCCCAUUACAUGGAGGAUAUAUUCAUGGAUAGACAAAAAUCGCAUGGUCCAAGCCGCGUUAAGAUCAUGGUAAUGCCAGGGUUUUAUGUACAUGACAGAGUACUUAGGUGUAAGGUUAUCUGCAGAUACAAAUCUGUAGCCUAAAUAAAUUUCUUCUCUCUUAUUCUGGGAACAAUCAAGCUUGUGUUAAUAAUAUAUUGUUUAUAUUGUUCCUUCAA